GUUUGGGACGUAUAGAGCAGGUUUUGGGAUGAAUUCGUAUGCAAUUCCCACCCAAUAGCAUCCCUUAUCCUGUGCAACCUCUUCGUGAAAAGCCAGACGUAGGCAAGGCGAGCUUCUGGCGAUUCUGAUAGUUCUCCUGAAGAUCCCAACGGGUGGUGCUAGGUCUGAUUGGAGCGGAGGAUUCAACGUGAGACUACCCUCCAAAAAAUUUGACAGCGCCUUUUCGUCAUGGAGCGUGAUGCAUGGCGCACAACCGCGGACAUCAACUUCAACCAUGGCAGAGAGGCGCUCUGGUCAUAUGCAUCACGCCGCAGACAUGGGCAAUAAUACUAGGCGCAGACAAGGUGCAUGUUCCUUUGUUGGCUUGCCGUUGAUGGUCCAAUUGUGCCUGCAGCAGCGGGCUACAAAGGCGGUGAGGGGCGAUAGCGUGGUCAAAAAAGUUGCGGGACGAGCAACGCACGCACCCUGUGGGCAGGGGCGCCUCCAUACUGCAGAGGGCUUGAAUGCAUCUUGCACACACGCCUACACGCUCCUCUGUUGCUGUCCGUUCUCUACCGUGUGCUCCAGAGCGUGUUGCGACACCAAUUGUCUGAUUUGUGGCGGCAUUGCACUGCAUUGCUCGUCGGUCCUGUACCUGGUUCCGAUAGCGGCUCAACGUCACUCUGGGCACCGCGGACGCCGUGUACAGGGGAAUAGGAAACAUACAGUGCAACUUGCUCACACCCUCUACAAGUUGUAUACUCGACUACGCCGCUACUCGUACGCGUUCAGCUUCCCGUCGAGCCUCCGCACAGCCACCGCGAGGCGUCACCCAUGCGAGCAGUUUCCUCCUAAAACGCCCCACGACUGCCCCCCACUGAAACAGCUUCGGUAGUACCACGACAACAUGUUUGGCUACCUCACCAGUCGCUGGCAAUCUGCUGGCGACCCCAAGAAAAUCAGUCCCGGCUGGUUCGACCGCCAUGUCUCCCCAAUCCUCCUCUCCAUCGCAAAGAAGGCCUGCACACAUCCCAUCCACACCAUUGUCACCAUCGCAUUCCUCGCCAGCU